AAAGAACGCUGAUGCUUAGUCGUAUUCACUAGACAGAAGUUCUCAAAGUCAGCCGCGUAGAAGAUUGCGUAAGCGAAGGACGGAAGCAAGGCAUGUCGCUGUGAGUGGUUCAUCGUCUGUGGUUGAUCCCAAAGAUGUUACAGUAGCUUUUCCUGAUAAAAAUAUCAAUGCAUCAUUGCCGCGCAGUGAGGCGCUGCACAACGCUGCGAUAUCACCUUGUACCAGUAAGUCGCCAAUUUACUAGUCAACUUUGACGGAGGAUCGGAACGCGUCGUAUGUAACAUGACGUUGUCUUGCAGCAUGUACAGUUGACAAAGUGAGAGCGGAAGCUUACAUUGUCAAUGCAGAUGCAAGUUUAACGCCUACACUGAACGAGGGUCAGAUCGCCAGCAUCGUCGUGGGAUUAUGUUGUUUCGUCUUUUUUGCGACCAUGAGUUGCAUUUAUCUGUUGAAACGCAGCCAAAAGGUUCGAACAUGGAGGGGACGAAGCAGUAUUACGCCGUCCGUCAUUGCAGGCGAAACCGCCGCCACGUCUUCUAAACUGGACCAUCCAUGUCCAAAAUCGGUCAGUUCUUUACAAAACAAUGACAGCCAUAUUUUGAAUAUCAUCAAAUCAUACAAUCGGAUGCCGGGAAGUCAGAAUACGCUGGAAGCGAUUGCCGAUGUGGCCGCGGCGUCUUAUUGGCCUUUACCGCCAUCACCGACCUUUGACGGCCAGUCUCCCUCUCGUCAUUAUUCCUGCGAUUCCAUUCAUUCGGACUUGUCGUUUCUGAAAGCUUCGCAAGCGUUCCUGUCCAUGUACGGUCAACCACUGUCGAUGCUGGAUACAUCGUCGCUUGUAAAUACCCGAUUUUCUGAUCUCGCCCAGCGUCUCAGCAAGAUGUCCACAAAAUCACCACCCGUUAAAUCGGGUAAAUAUCAAGGAGCUGACAAUCCGUUGGCGCCUCUUCCAUUUUCCGUACUUGGUGAAGGCACACAAGAGACACAGAUAAACUCCCAUCGUACCUUGUACCACGAUUGGCAAGAUAAAACGGCUUUGCCCAGUUACGAUCAUGCCGAGGAUUCCCCACUCUCUAUUAACAAGAACACUGGUCGGCUUCAUCGAUGGCCCAGUCAAAGGGGAUCAUCGUCGCCUAUUGGUUUACCACCUUCGACUCCACCACCAGCUCCGCCGUUCUUGCUCUAAAUCCCUAGAACGCGCUUUAUGAAUGGCUCAUGCUUUUUCUUUCUCAACUCACUAAAAAUGAACCGUGGCACCAAUGU